UUCUUGCUCCUAGUAGCGAGGCCAGGAGCCCCUAGUAGCGUCCUUGCUCCUAGUAGCGAUGCCCUUGUUACUGCUAGUGUUGUAAAGAUCGCAUUUGCCAGGCGCGUCAAGCGCUAGGUCUUCGGCUCAGAAGUGGAGCAACGAUGGGAUGAGAGCAGUGUUGCCGUGUUCAUCCCGAGGAGAGACAUGUUGGAUGCCGACAACAACAUGGACCCGGGAGUGCCCGCUCCAAGCACAUUCAGGGUCUAUGAGGUGUGGCGGAACUUUGGUGGCCGCAAUCGGUUCUUUUGCGGUGGCAGGUGCAUAGCUGGACCUAGUAUAGACCUGCACUUCCAGCUGUGUGCUUGGGGCAGCAUGCUUGUGCCUUCGCUCUUUUACCUCAUCUUUUGCGCGCGCUAUCUCUGGCACGUGAGCCCUUGGAUGCCCGUGUUGACAUGCAUCAUGCUGGCUUCGACCGUGGUUCUGUGGCUCCUGACGGCUUGCACUGACCCAGGCAUCAUACCACGGGCGGCACUUCAGGCGGAAGUCCCUCAGAUUCGAGAGGACGUCGCUCGUGUCACGGGUUGCCGACGUAUUGAUGACACUGCAGUGGAAAGCAUCACGCCUGCAGAAGAAGACGAAGGGUUCAGGUUC